AUGGCGGACCACAGCGGCCAGCAGGAAAAGACACCGGGAUUCAUGACCAUCACCGUGAAAACUCCCAAGGACAAACAUACUGUCGAGGUCCAGGAAGGGGCAUCUGUCCGUCAGUUGAAGGAAGCGGUUCAGCAGAAGUUCAAUGCCCCCUAUGAGCAACUGUGUAUUAUCUUCGCUGGGAGAAUUGUCAAAGAUGAUGAUACACUUCAGCAACAUGGAAUCAAAGAUGGCCUGACAGUUCACCUGGUCAUCAAGUCGGCAAACAGAGCAGCUUCAGCGGCUGCUGCUCCAGCUACAUCUACACCAGACACAGCCCCAAGUGUGCCACAAGAGGCUCCGAGUGUGCCACAGGGACCACUAGGGAUUGGUGCCCUGGGUGGGCUUAGUGGCUUUGGCUUAGGAUCUGGCAGUUUCAUGGAGAUGCAGCAGAGGAUGCAGAGAGAGAUGGUCAGUAACCCAGACAUGAUGAGGCAGCUCAUGGACAACCCAUUUGUGCAGUCGCUGAUGUCCAACCCAGAAAUCAUGAGGUCUUUGAUUGUCAACAACCCACAGAUGAGAGACUUGAUGGAGAGAAACCCGGAGGUGACCCACUUAUUGAACAACCCUGACCUGAUGAGACAGACCAUGGAGCUGGCCCGCAACCCGGCAAUGAUGCAGGAACUCAUGAGGUCACAGGAUAGGGCCAUGAGCAAUCUGGAGAGUAUUCCCGGUGGCUUCAGCGCUCUACAGCGGAUGUACAGAGACAUACAGGAGCCCAUGUUGUCUGCGGCCCAGGAAUCAAUGGGUUCCAAUCCAUUUGCGUCCCUUGUCAAUGACGGCACAGGUAGUGAGAAUGUUCAACAAGGUAGAGAGAAUACAGAUCCCCUGCCCAACCCCUGGGCCAGCCCUGACUCUUCACCUGGUACAGGUGUCACUGCCAACCCUGCCUCCACCACUCCAAUUCCAAACACAGCCAUGUUGAACAGUCCGGGGAUGCAGAGCUUGCUGCAGCAGAUGACCCAGAACCCCCAGGUGAUGAGCAACAUGAUGCAGGCACCGUACAUGCAGACCAUGCUGCAGUCCCUGUCGGCAAACCCCGAGCUCACACAACAGAUUAUUGGCAACAAUCCUUUGUUUGCUAACAACCCCCAGCUACAGUCCAGCAUGAGCACCAUGAUGCCAACAUUACUGCAGCAGAUGCAGAACCCAGAGAUGCAGAACAUGAUGACCAACCCACGAGUCCUGGAGGCUCUAGGCCAGAUCCAGACCGGGUUGUCACAACUGCAGCAGGAGUCCCCAAAUAUAUAUUCCAGCAUGACAGGUUUAGGCAGUCUGCCACCGACGAUGACAGGUCUGCCCAUACCCAGCACCACCAACCCAACAUCUCCCUCUGUGACUGCAUCGACCACUACCACAACCACAUCCCCAAAUGGGGGCAUCACUUCGGCUGGGGGCCCACUAGGACAAGGUCUUCAGAGCAAUCCAGAGGCCUUCUCUAACAUGAUGGCACAGAUGAUGCAGAUGAUAGUCGGGGGGCAGCAGGGCCAGCCCCCGGAACAGUUGUACGCCUCACAGUUGGAACAGCUGGCCAACAUGGGCUUUGUGGACAGACAAGCCAACAUCACAGCCCUGACAGCCACUCUUGGGGAUGUGAACGCAGCUAUCGACAGACUGUUGCGUCCAAGCUGA